GAUGGCGGGCGUUCCUGAACCAGUGCUCGUCUCCGCCCCGCAGGAUCAAAAUGCCCGGGCCGCCUCAGACUCCCAGGCCACAGCAUCCCCCCCUCCCCUCGAGGACUUCCGAGUACGCUGCACUUUGAAGAGGGCGGUGGUGGAAGUGAUGGAGAUGUGCGGUCGCUUCGUGCAGGAGCUCGGGCCCGCGCUUCCGGAGAGCAUCCGAGAGCUCGCGCUGCGGGACGCGCAGUGGAUGUUUGAGUUGGCUGUGCAGGAGAAUAUCAGCAUUAAUGGACAGGCCUGGCAGGAAGCUGUAGAUCAUUGUAUUAUGGAUUCCGACAUCAAAGUGCUUGAAGAUGAGUUUGAUGAGCUCAUAGUGGAUGUGGCAACAAAACGGAGGCAGUACCCCCGAAGGAUCCUUGAGAGCCUCAUCCAAACCUUGAAAGCACAGCAUGAGAGUCUGAAGCAGUAUUGCCCUGUUGUACAGCCCUUGGACCUGAAAUGUGACCCUGACCCAGCUUCUCAUGUGGAAAAUUUGAAAUGCCGUGGAGAAGACAUAGCCAAGAAAAUCAGCAGUGCCAUGAAGGCUUUGCCCGUGUUAAUCGAACAAGGAGACGGCUUUUCUCAGGUUUUAAAGAUGCAGCCUAUCAUCCAGCUGCAGAGGAUCAACCAGGAAGUCUUCUCCGGCUGCCACAGGAAAGUAGAGACCAAGCCUGACAAGCUUGUCACACAGGUAGAAACUUCACCAACCGAGACGGCUGCCAGGAAAGUCUCCAACGUGGUGCUAAAGAGAAAGCAAGCUCCAGACCUCGCCCAGAGAAGGAACUACCCGCUGCGGCCGAAGAGGAUUAACCUCGAUAUAUAAGCUGCCUGCUGGGGAGCUGACAGGCAGCGCUCAACACUCGGUCGCAGUCUGAGUGGGGCUCCUUUAAAGCCGUGUGAGGUGCGCAGGUGCAGUGUGCUGUCCUGCUUGUCCUGGCCUGCGGUGGACCACCGGCUGCUUCCUCCCAUACUGCUUUCCUGUAGGAAAAGGCCUUCUCGGUGUUGCACAGACUGUCAGGGUCCUCCAGUGCCAUCAGCUCUUGGCUGCCUUGCAGCUUUCCAGGCAUGCCAGGGGCACGUGCUCUGAGGGGUUUUCUCAGUGUGCAGCUUUCUCCGUGUGCGAAGCUCUGAGCAGUUCCUCGCUGUGUGAGCGCUGGUGCUGGCUCUGCCCUGCAGUGUGCACAUUUCUGGUGCAGGUUUUCAGACGGAAGGCAGGCCUGGCCUUGGCUGUGUCCCUUGGGCAUUUAAUUUGCAGUUUUAGGGUUUGUUUUAUAAGGUAAAGGAGAAGACUAUUCUUUGUGCAGGAAAUAUUCUUAAAAAGUAAACCUGGGGCAUAGAGUCUCUAUGUUUUGCCUGCACGUUUAUUUCCAUAGAUCUUUGAACAUAAUUUGACUAGGAACUGAUAGUUUCUUUGUGGGUCCUCAUUUGCAAAUAGAUCCUUCCAGUUCCGAGUAUAUAUGAGCAUAGAUUGGCAUUUGACAGAGAUGUGAGCAGAGUGAACUGCUCCAGGUACGGGAGAUACAGUAACAGACAGAAUCAGUGUCAGCAAACUGACACCCUGGGAUUUAAACAGCCUCUUUCAGCUUCUCUGUCUCCUCUCUUACCACUACAGAACAGUUCUUUUUUUUUCAUUAAGACAUUUCUAGAGGACAUAGCUAACCUUGUCACUCCCCCGCCCCCAGGAGGGUUAGUGCACUCACAGCUAUAAAGCAGGCAGGAACAGUUUCAAGGACCAGAACCAACCUUAAAAGGCAAAAGCACUUUGUAACUGAAUUAUCAUAAAGAUGUUUACGUAAAAAAAGAAAGAAAAGGAACAAAGGGCAGUGGUGGUUUCAGAAGGAAAAGAGCACUCACGUUUCACAUGUUCAGUCUUGUUUCUAGUGUAACAGAACAGAAGCAGGAUCACUACCAUACAGAAUAUUCACUAUGGCACGCUGUCUGCACCUGUGCCCAGUCCAGCCCCUAAUGCUUCCAACUCUGUACUUCCCCACCUGGUGGGCCUAUCACGGAGGCACACAUAGGUCUUCUCUUUGUUUGUUAUAAGGCUGGUGCGUCUGUGUGUCAGCGUGGUAGACAAGACAGCUGAGACCUGCCAGAGCGUCCGUGAAAUCAAACUGACUGGUGUCUCAUGUGAUGGGGCUGUUGGGGUUUGUUCUCUUCAGAUGCUCUUCAUAGAUUCUACGAACACCUUCCUUGCACUCAUGCACAGCCCCUAGUCACUAUAGGUCCUGCCUCUGGCCUCUUGGUAAGCUGUCCCAGCAAAAUGGUGUGAGACACAGCACCAGCCGCUUUGCUGCAGCUGCCGCUAACCUGCUGCGGCACAGAGCUCGGCCUCUGCAGCGUGUCUUUUCCACAGUCCACCGUAGACGGGCUGUCCAGCUUGCCAUCUACUUCCCUUUGUGGUGAUUAUAUACUUCUGUCCAUUUUUAGAGGGAUUUACUAAUCAUGACUUGGAAAAUCUGUAUUGCUCUUGCUCAUUAUGUCCCAAUCAUAAACGUCUAGGCUUGUCUAUUUUUAUCAAUUGGGAAAGCUUUGUGGUGAGGCCACAAUAUGGAGCUUUUAGAUUCUGUUUGGUUAAAAUUUGAUUUGAUUUAGUAUUAGUAAUUGUACAGUGUUUUGAUUUUUGUUUUUAAAAUAAUACAGAAGACCAUAAUCUUGGUGCUAUGCACUUUCCAGCUAACAAGACAUUCCUGGUGUCGGCUUUCAUGGGCUAGCAGGCUGGCGCUCUGCAUUUCAGAGUGAACUAGCCUUUGCCUUAAAACCACUUUGCAACUCAGAAGUUGGCUGUUCUUACUGUGCCUUUCAUGGCAUUCAAGUUCUGUGGUUGAUUUCACUUCAGAAACGCCCAAACAGGCAAGGCCGAGACUCCAGGCUGGGAAGCAAUCUGGCAGGUUUCCCUUGAGCAAGUGCUGUAUAGGAUGGGAGAGUGAGCUUGGAGGUAGCCCACUGGAUGAUGCUGGCUGGAACUAUAGUCACAUUGUGAAAGGCCUCUUUGCACACUGGGGCUCUGAGGUGAUGCUCACAGGAGUUUGGCAUGAAUGUGACUUGAGGCUGGGGCUAAAGCACUUGCUUAGCAGUGAGCUUCCCUCAGUGCUUACUGGGUCAGUGGGGAGCCCCUCCCAGCAGGCACUCUUAGUGAGGGUUAUCUUCCCCGGGUCCUUUGGUGACAGCGAAGGCCCUUUUGCCGCUCUAACUUAGACAAGGUGUGUGUUGGGUGGGUGCCACUGUUGUCUGGUGAACAGGCUGCGCAUGCCCCAGUGGCUGACACAACUAACCUUUUGCCCCAAGGCCAGUGGUGCUGAGGUGAAAAGCCUGUCAAGGAGAGCAGGCCAGCAGCAUAAGGUGGUGAGAUUGCUGCAGUGUUCCCAGCCAAUCUGGGAAGUGCUGUUUGUCUUGGUUGCACUGAAUUCUUGUCAAAAUACCCCUCUGUCAGCCUUCAUAAGACAGACUAUAUUUGUGAUCUUACUGUAUAUAACCAGGCUGUAAGAUACGUGUUAAAAAGUCUCAAAAUAAAUGUUAAUUACAGUUGCAUUUUUAUUGAGUUUUAAGGGAUGCAUGUUGAUAGAGUUAAAUGGCAUAUUUUGGGAUUUGCUCCGAAGUAUGUAAGCAAAGAAAAGGGAUAGAUGAGCUGGCGCAGAGGCGCACGCCUGCAAGGCCAGCACUUGGGGAGGCAGAGGCAGGCAGAUCGCUGUGCGUUCAGGGAGGUCAGCCUGGUCUACAGAGCAAGUCCAGGAGAGCCAAGGCUACACAGGGAAACCCUAUCUCAAAGGAAACAACCACCUCCCAAAAGAAAGAGGGAUAGAUUGAUAGGUUAAGCAAAUGUAUAAGAAAUGUUAAUGGCAUUGAACCUCGGUGAUAUAACAUUUAC